AUGGCUUCAGGUUCCCACUGCUCCCUACUUCUCAGCCUAAUUUUUUCUGUACUGUGUUCAACGGUUUACUCGACCCCUUGCAAUUCUUAUGGCCAAGAUCACGAGUACUGUAAUAACUCUCUAAUUACCAAAAUUGGGAGGGACAACAAAAUUGAAGAUACGGCGGAAGCCGCGGCCGCGCACCAGGCAAACUCCACCUCCGGCCUCCACAGCCCAGAUACGAAAGUAACAUCAUCAACUCCAAAAAUAUGGAAGAGCCAGACCAGCUUGCCUUACACCACUCUCUUAAGACACGUUCAUGGAGUUCUGAAUAUUAUAGGAUGGGGAACUUUGAUGCCCAGUGGGAUUAUGAUCGCCAGAUACUUGAGAGAAUUCCCCAUAAGCUGCGAGCGAUGGUAUUCGGCUCACGCUGUGUGCCAAACUGCUGGGUAUAUCAUGGGCAUCGUCGGAUGGGGCUUCGGAAUCUCCGCCGCUAACUCCUCCGAACGCAGCUCUCGCCUACCAUUCUUAGCCCUCGGCAUUACCAUCAUCGUCCUUGCAACCAUUCAGCUGCUUGCUAUAUGUGUACAGCCGAAGAAGGAGAGCGGGUGGCGGCGGAGGUGGGAAAUGUACCACCAUGUUAUGGGAUACGUGAUAAUGGGACUGAUAAUAGGCGACAUAUUCGAAGGUAUUAAUACGCAGCGCCACCCAGAGAAAUGGCGGUGGACUUACGUGGGAAUUGUUUCUUUUCUUGCACUUGUGGCUGCGGCUUUGGAGAUUCACAAACGAAUCAAGCUUAAACUCUUCAAACAGGCUAUGAAACUCAAUGCCAAUAUGCAUUCUCCCACUACUUGAUCAUUUUAUCACCAUUCUAUUUCUGCCACCCAUUUCCCUUUUCAUUGCCUUUCCCUGUAAUUUUUAUUCUCUACUGUCAGAUCUGAUUUAUUUCUUGGUCAU